UGAACAUCUUCAGGAGGAAUACCAACACGAUUAACUAGGGAAUACGGUAAAAUAGGAGUAAUAACACCAUAUAAAAAGAGAUCUGUUCAAUUCUGUUAGCUUCAACUUACUAACAAGGUGUCAUGUUUAGCGAGUUUUGUUUCCGAUAAGAUAUAACGUAAAUUCAAUUUUAAACUGCUAAACGCGACUUGCUGAUGAGUUAAGACGAACCUGUAAACAGAGCAACUGCAACAGUUACGACAAUGAACUCUGUACUGCUCCUUUUCGCCCAAAGUUCAUUGAAUUUUCGGCGAGCUUUUUUCGCUAUUUGUACCAUUGUAGUUUGUAUUGGAGCUAAUGCUCAGUAACUCUGGUGAAAUUUAAAUUCUCCACGAGCGUACUUGUCAACAGAUAUACACCGCCUCUUGCCAAUAGUCGCAGAAAGCCAAGCUUAACUGCACUACAGGAUCACCACUUACUUGCUAGUAGUGGGUGAGGAUUUUACUGCUCCCUAAUUCCAGUCGACUUGGCGUCCACCAUACCACAGUUCUGCUACAGAAAGAGCAAUUGCUCCUGUUUCUGUUCUCAAAAUCAACUGAAGGCUUGUAGUUUUGAAUUAAAAAAUGCAAAUACCAAAACCGAAAGUUCAAUAUUAUGACCCGAACAAUCUAUGGAACGCCAUGUCUUCGGACAUACAGCACAAACUUCCCUUACGAAACGUGCAAUGGGUUGAUUCUUUUCAGAAACAGCGACACUUUGUUACAAGUAUAGACAUUGAGUUCAUUCCUUGGUAUGAGAGUUACAAUACCAAUCCAGCUACAAGAACCUCGUCUAUUAUUAACACGCCGUUGGUUAACAUGAUGUUCGUUCCUCAUGAGGAUAUAGAGACAUUCAAGAACCAACAGCUGAAACUAAUCCAGGAGUGGGUUGAUAAAGUCUCACAACGCGAAUCUCAACAGUGGAUGAUUGUACUUGUGUCAACUUCCAAACCUGUAGCUAAACCAUCAACAUCAAUGCGCCGAACUCAUACUCGUUCCAGCUCAUACUUCUCAUCACGCGUGUCUGUGUUAGAUAGACUACGCGCUGCUUACAGCACGGAAGGUUUUGACCGUUGCGUCCAUUUGGAUUAUCUACGAUUUGGUACGCCCGAUGCCGAGUGUUGGAACGCUUUCAUAACAUGCCUAAAAAACUGUGUUGUUUGUGCGUUAGACUUUCGAUUCACGCAAUUGGAUGAGCAAAUUAAGUCUAUGCCCGUUGCACCAUCUUCCGAUCCUUCCAUGUAUAUACUUUACUUCACCCAGCUCAUACGCCAAGCGUGCAGUUACUAUGAUGUUUCUUUAUAUAAUGAGGCCCUAGAACAUUUCGAGGGCAUCUUGGCAUUCUUGAUGGAUAACGUACAUGAGCUUCUUAAUACCAAUCAACCAUUUUCAAAGCUCUUUGGAGAAGGUACGGACGCAAUUCAAAUGGACAAAUUACUGGACUACCUUCCAUCUAAGCAUCCUUUAUUCGACAACUUUCACGAGUUAUUGGCGUCCGACAACUUGACGCUUUUCAACUUCAUACUUUACCUAUAUACCCAGAUUAUAAAGUUGCAAAUUCAGCUGAAUGCUCUGCAAACAGUACAUCUGUCUCUAAAAAAUCUCUUUCGUGUAUUAGAACAGUGCUUUAAGGAUGUUGAAAAAGCACCUCUAUACUAUCGCUGUUGGAAGUUUCGGAUAAUCCAAGAGUUUCUGCAACUUAUGCAACCCAAAGUUGAUGCCGACAAAGAAAAUAGCUUGCAGCUUUCUUCGUAUGCUUACAUGUGUAUUAUGCUCAGAGAAGAACUACUUUUCUUAGCUGUUGGAGUCGGUGCUAUACCAUCUGAGUCCUUAUUAGCUGAACUCUAUAUUACACCGUCGACAGAUGUCACGGCAAAUGGAACUGAAAAAGAUUACCUACUCUCAGUGCUUCCGACUCUCGAAACCGAUAAAUCUUCCCUGGGUUACUUUGCCGAUCUUACCAAAAAUGCUUUGAAUGUUUUAGAGCGUAAACAACAUUCACAUCUAUCGCAAAGAAUGAUGAGUGACCUAGCGAUCUGUUUGUUUGAAUUGAAAAAUUACGAUUCAGUUAUUCCCUUGUUACCUUUUUUGCUUCGUGCUUCUGCUUUCUCAAACCCAGACGUGGAUUUCAAAAAAAUCAACCUGUGUUUGGAUGUUUUUGAGCAAACUGAACGCUAUGAUGAUGCCAUUGAUUUGCUUUUAGAUAUCCUUUGCAGCGAAGGAUACAACGAACGAUCAGAGCUUUCAUCUAAAUAUAUCGCUGCUCUUCAUCAAUUCGUGACAUUAGACAUUGAUAAAACUAUUUCGGCCGAUAAGUUUUUUACCAUUGAAUAUUCAAAUCGAGUUGAACUGACAAAUAGCGGUCAUCUUUUGGAGGUUAAGCUUAAACGCUUGACAGAUAUCUUCCAGACUUCAAUUGAAUCGGCUUCUUGUGAUUUUGUUUCUACUGACCAAGACUCAAAGCGUUUGAAUUUACAGUAUUUAAGCACCAAUAGUGAGUUACCAAGUACGGGCAUUUCUUCCUUAACAUUCGGGACAAAGAACAUCAUUCCCGGAACAUAUUCUAUUGAGAAAAUCGAAUUCAAACUCAAAGAUAAUAAUCUGAGAUUUGUACAAAGUUUUACUUCAUCCGAACAAAACAUAUACGUUCCCAAACCAUCUCGAUUUUCGGAGCAUCCGUACAUCCUUAAUGAUCGAUUAUACACAUGUUUUGUUAACAGAAAACUUUGCUUUCCUGUGGCAUUGGAGCUUCCCGAUUCACUUUGUGACGUUUCUCUUUCGUUUCCUGAUUUUUCCAAGUUUAAAGACUGGUCAUUACAGGAUAUAUUUCUUUACACUGUCGAAGAAGGUACAGCUUCUAUUGAAGUACAAGAAGAUAAAAUCCUUAUUACGAAGAAGGCUGAGAGUCGUCAAAAAAUACAGAUAUGUAUUCCACAUACUGAUGAAAUAUCAAAACUUCAAGAGCUGGAAUUGCGUAUUGCGUACUCCAUUGAAAAAGAAUCAACACUUGUCAUGAUUGCAAAUUACCACAUAUCUGAAGACGACAUCUUCAAAGUUGAUGUUGGUACAUUACCCACAGGCGGGGCGGGUGAAUGUGCUAUCAUGAUGAAAUUAGAACCUAAACUUCCUGUCUAUCUUCAUUCGUGGACGGUUUGUGAGAAUGGGGAAGAAAAAGAACCAAAUGUUGUCAACUCAGCCGUUCUUAAUAGCUUCAAUCUGGCAACUGCUAUUGAUGUAUCUUCCCUUGCAUCUUUUGACACAUUGUUUUUGCAUUUUGAUUAUACAUUUUUGGAGGAUUAUAUACUUGCAUAUUUAUGCGAAAGCCUGCGUUCUUUUCUUCCCAAUUCUGACAGCGAGUUUUACUUGCCGUUGUUGAAAGAACUAACUUCCGAAAACUUAAAGCAUCCUAACUCUGCGUGGAAAAAGUCAUUCUUUGAGUUACAGAAAACCAAACCGAGUGGACGGAUGAUUUCAAUUUUUUCUAAGGAAGAACUCUCAAUUUUUGAUGAAAAGCUGAAGGAAAUACCCCAACUUAUCUCAUUCCAAGAUAUUCAUUUGCGACUACUUGGAUCCCAACACAAAGGUACUGUUGACGAUUCAAGCUCUCCCAUUUGCCUAAGCCGGACGGCGCCCCUUCGACCUUUUACACGCUUACCGGGAGAUGUGAUUGACUGCCAUUGGCAAUCGAUUACGUCGGACAAUCACGUUGGAGCCCGUCCGUUCAAGACCACUGUUGGACAGCCCACUGACAUUGAGCUGGUCAUUCAAAGGACUACACACAAGGAAUCCGCUUCUUCUACCGAACAACUGCAACUGCAGUACAAGUGCACUGCCGACUCGAGCACCUUGGCCAUUGGAGGACCCAUCAUCGGAACUGUCAUCUUUCAUCCAGGACAAAACGCUACUCGCAUUCGUUUCACACUUACUCCUACCGCUACAGGGAUAUUUACACUUCCCACCAUACACAUGGCAAACGCAAACGACGAUGAUAUUUUAGCCAUAAGCAACCCGGACUACCUCAUAGUAGAGGGUCUGUUAAAUAGUGCAGAGUUACUUUAGGAAAUUAUCUUGAGCAGAAAGCUUAUUAAGAACUCUCUAACGCAAACGUCUGGCUUCACGCUCGGAUUCAAGAAGGACGAGAAUGUCAUCCUCGCGAACAGGACCCUUAACGUUACGAAUGAUGGAACGGGAAGUAUCAUCCAUGAACUCAACACGGACUUGGGUGACACCACCACUAAAAGAGUUAGAUUUUGUAAAUCAACAUGGCUCUAAGAAUACUACUUACCGGGAUCCAGUGCGUCCGAGAACUUUGAUGACUUUAGCCAACUUGACGGGGACCUUCGAGGAAUCCAUUUUGGUGCGAUAAGUUUGCAAGUGGACACAGUUUUGGUAUACACACUUAAAAAACAGUCACUUGUUAUCACGCUAUUCCUCACUAUUCGAUUUAAGUGUAAGAUGAGAAAGUAUUUUCGGCUACGCUAUGGGAUCGGUAUUCUAUUUAAAGUAUUCUAGCACAAACACGGUAGUUGCUCAGCAAACACAGGACACUACCAUUUAAAAGACUGGAUGGUAAAAUACGACUGAUUAUACGAACAUAAUAUACAAUCAAGGAAAA